AUGUUCCCUACUCACCAGAGCACACGUACAGUCCCCCCCCCUCCCCGCAUGGCCACGCUCUCUGAGCACUCGCGGCUGAUUCAGAAGUUCGACACUUGUCGGACGGCCUUCAUGCUAUGCUAUGCGCCGGUGCAAGCGGACCCGCACAUCCCGAGCCUCCACAAUGUCGUGCACGCGACGAACGCGAUGGCAGCCGUGCAUCAGUUGCUCGGCCCGGAGCGGUCCGUGUUUGCCGCCACGGAGGUGCACACGCACGGCGUCGGCGACAGCUGCGAUGGCAUCCAGCUGCCAGAGGACACCAUCAUCGCCGAGAAUGUGAGGACGUCGAUGCUGGUGCCAAAGGUGCGGCCGCACAUUCUCGGCGACGCCGAGCGUGGCAUUCCGCCUGUGCAGCAGGUUAUUAUCUGUGGCUACGAGACGUGCGGCUGCGUCUUGCAGACCGCUGACGAUCUUCUCACGCGUGGCGUCCGCGUGGCCGUCCUUGUUGACGGGUGCGCCUCGCAAAGGAAGGAGAUGCACGACACGGCCGUGUUGCAGAUAUCACACUGGGAUGGCUUGAUGGUCACAACCGUGCCGUCUGCAAUCAUGCAGCUGACGCGAUCUGAUGCGCGCUUUCUCAAGCCAAUCAUCCAAAUCUUGAAGAAGUUUGCCGCCGACUGGAGAACCACGCAGCCGCGGCCGGAGCUGCGUGACCGGAGAGAGGGCGGUGAUGGCGAUGAGGUCACCGCUGCCAGCAACACCGUGGCUGCCCCGUCUGCGUUAGUCAACGCCACCGCAGCAUAUGCUGUACUGGCCGCGGAUUCGGCUUGCUGUAGAAUGGAUCACUGA